AUGCCUACGCGGGCCCACGGCGACGAAUCAGCAAGAGAGCCGGACCCCACGCAGUCUCUUCGCCUAGCUUUCCAUGAACUCCCUAUGGAUGUCAAUGCGCCCGGAGCUUCGGCAUUGCAUGCAAAAGGUGGACUCUCGGCGACGACAGGUCCAACUAGCAGCGUCCUAUUGUCCCCUGACAGCUCAGCAUUGGCGCAGGAAGGCUUCGAGAUGAGAUCCCAGCCUGCACCAGCUUCCGAGAUAACUGCUCCGGCUAUGGUGGUGGCAGGUCCCGAAGCCGUUCCUGCCGACGACGAGAUUGAAUUGGAAAUCAUACCGCCCGUCAUAGGGAUCGACUUGGGAACCACGUAUUCAUGCGCCAGCGCGAAACGUGGUGAACGAGUAGAAAUAAUCCCCAACGCGAAAGGCCAGCGGACUACCCCUUCGUGGGUCAGCUUUACCGCUGAUGAACGACUUGUGGGAGAUAGCGCAAAGAAUGCAUACCAGUCGAACCCUCAGAAUACGGUCUUUGACGUCAAGCGCUUGAUCGGUCGUGACUUCGAUGAUCCUGAACUGCAGAAGGACCUCAAAUACUGGCCAUUCAAGGUCGUCCAGGAGGACGGCAAGCUCAAAAUUCAAGUUCAGGAUUGUGGCGUCGUCCGGAAUUUCACUCCGGAGGAGAUCGCCGCCAUGGUCUUACGGAAGAUGAAGCAGGAUGCGGAAUCUUUCCUUGGUCAGCGGGUUGUGCAAGCCGUAAUCACGGUCCCUGCCCACUUCAACGAUGCACAACGGCAGGCUACAAAGGAUGCUGGGGCAAUCGCCGGUCUGCAAGUCAUCCGCAUCAUUAACGAGCCUACCGCAGCCGCAAUCGCUUACAGUCUGAACAAGAGGGGCGAACCAUCGCGUGUCCUAGUAUACCGUCUUGGAGGCGGUACAUUUGACGUCUCUCUCAUCUCUAUCAAAGACGGGGACUCCAAGGUCCUGGCCACCGCUGGAGACACCAAGAUCGGCGGUGAAGAUUUUGACAACCGCGUCCUCGACUACCUCGUCAAGCAGCACAGAAGUAGAACCGGGAUUGACGUCAGCUCGAAUCUUCGUACAUUGGGCAAGCUUAGGAGUGAGGUCGAGAAGGCGAAGCGAACGCUGUCGAGCCAGCAGUCGACGAACAUUGACAUUGAAGCGCUAGAAGGGGAGCACGGCUUCUCGGAGACACUGACAAGGGCCAAGUUUGAGGAGCUCAACAUGGACUUAUUUCGACGCACGAUGCUCUUAACUGAGCAGGUGCUGAUUGACGCAAAGCUGAGGAAGGAAGAUGUCGGCGACAUCAUCACGGUCGGUGGCUCCACCCACAUCCCGAAGGUACAGCAGCUCUUGAAGGACUAUUUUGGAAAGGAGCCUUCGACGGCCAUAAACCCCGAAGAAGCAGCUGCCUAUGGUACUGGAGUCCAAGGCGCGAUUCUCGCCGGGGACGACGACUACUGCAUGCUUGCCGUCCUUGAUGUCAACUCACUCACGCUCGGCAUCGAGACGGUGGGCGGAGUGAUGGCGCCGAUCAUCCCUCGCAAUACCCCCAUCCCGACAUGCAUGAGUGAGAUGUUCACCACCGUAGUUGACUGGCAAACCUCGAUGAACAUCAAGGUUUUCGAGGGCGAGCAGCGUCUGACGAGGUAUAACCAUCUACUCGGCAUGUUCGAAUUGCCAGGCAUCCCACCCGCCCAUCGCGGGGUGCCCCAAAUAGACGUCACCUUCAGACUCGACAUGAAUGGUAUCAUGCAAGUCACUGCCGUGGAUAAGGGAACUUCGAUGCUGAAGACGAUCGACAGGGGCAACUUGAAGUCGAUCACAAUCACGAACGUGCUCAGACAUUCGCGAUCGUGA